AUGUGUAAGUAACCCUGUACCUGUUUAUCACGGUCGGGCAAAUGAACAGUAAUUCGAUCUCAGAUGAAAAGGUCCACUGCCACCGUUUAGGUGUUAUUAAUUUUGGCAUAACAAUUUCAAAUACAUUGUUGGUUGUAAGCAUGUUUAUUUUAACUCGGUCAACCGUUUUGUCCACAUACUAUUGCCCCGUUAAAAAAUAAAAAUUCUUGUAAAAAAAAAAAAAAUUAUCUUGAUUAUAUUAUAUAUAUAUAAAUACAAUCCUGGAAUUAAUAUCGUCAAAAACUAAACUCCGAGUUAGAUAUAAUGCUCACUCAAUCGAAUAAGUCAGUAAUCAGUAUGAUAGACAUUAACGGGUUAACAAUUUAAUUUUUACAACAUGGAUUCAAUUUUAUUAGCCGGUUUUUUUUUUCAAAACUGCUGCUAUAGUAAUUCUAUAAUUCACAUACAUUUUAUUAUUUUUAUGUUUGUGUUUGUUAACGGGAAUUUGCAAUCAAAUUUUAGGUUCAACUGCAUUUUCAGACGUUGAAUAGUUUUCUCAAAAUUGUUAUAUACAGCAAUUAUUAUCGAAUAUUGAACCGAUCGUUUAUUAUGUUUACGCAUUUUGAAAGUUUAGACGGACAAAAUUGCGCGGGCAGAUGCUCGACAAUUAUUUCCUCGUUCCUCACUGUAUAAUAGUAUAAUAUCUAAACUUUUAAUGUUAAUAAAUCAUAAACUGUCCGAUAUUCGUUAUUAUUAUGCAUCGUAGUUUUCAGAAAAUGAUUCCACGUCGACAAAUGCAGUAGUUAUACUUACAUUAAAAAUUAAGUUGUCAUUAAAUACAAUUUAUUAUAGAUAUAGAUAGCAUACUCUAUAUAUGUUUGACUUUAUCUACAAUAAUAGUUAUAGUGGGUAAUAUAAUAAAAUACAUGUAUGUAUUAGUUUAUAUUUAAUUUUCUUCUUGGCGUUCUUAUUUAUUUCGCAUGUUAGAAUCAUAUAAUAAAUAUUUUUUCUAUUUCAACAAAUUAUUACAACAAACUAUUAACAACAAAUGUACCAAUAAAUUGCGUGUCUAAUGAAAAAAAAAAAAAAAAAAAGUGGUACAAUAAACAUCACUUUAGUAUUUGUGCAGUCGUGCGUAAGUACUAUUUAAAAAUAAUGUACGCGUUCCACAACGGUUUAUAAUAUACAUUUACGUCAUUUGGACGUCAUAAUAUUAUGUAUAUAUUCUGCGUUUACGUAGGUAUUCAUUUAUAAUUCUUCAUUCUAUAAAAAUAAUUUGGCCGACGUUUUCAGUUUUUAGCUUGAGGAUAGUGUAACAACAGGCAUAUCAAACUCAAAGUGUCUUCCCGGCCAAAUAUACUGAAUAGCAUACCCCCCAUAAAAAUGUAUUUAUAAAAAAAAAAACUUUUUAUAAAAUUUUCAAAUUGUAUUCAUUACGAACACAAGUCACAACAGAUAAAAUUCAGUAUUUAUUUGUAAGUUUUUUUUUUUUAAUAAUUUAUUACAUUUUUUUUAAAUUACAAUUAUAUUUGUACGAGUAUGUUUAUAUAUUCAUUAUAAUUGUUUGACCAUAGAGCUGCGGAAAUUUGUGUAUAGGUAGUACGACACACUUUGUGUAAUACGAAAUGUCAGGUGUACUGUACGAAAUUAAAAAGUGUGUAGCGAUUAUAUCAUAGUAUUUAUUUGUAUUUUUUUUGCAUUUUUAAUAAAUAUUAUGAGAGAGAGAAAAUCUUAAAUUUUAAAUAACAACAAGUCGACUCGUAAAACAUUGACAGUUUUCACAUAUUAUUUCAAAAAAAUAAUGAAUGCACAGAAUAGAUUAAAGGUCCUUUUAUCAUAUGUAAUUAAUAUGUAUUAUAUUGGUGAGUAGAUUGCACUAGUUAUGUAUUUAUAGAAAAAAAAAAAGAAAGAAAAAACAAAUACACUAAUUAAUUCCCUCUGAGAAAACCUAAGUAACGUUUUUUAAGGUAGGUACUAUUAUAUAUUAAUUUAAAAUCCAAUAUUUAAAAAAAUAAAAUAAUAACAAAAUGGGCUAUUUUGUCUUUUAUAUUUAUAUGAUAAUGCAUACAGGAAAAUGUAAAUCAACUAUCGUGAUUAAUUUGCCGAACAGUUAUUUUUUCAUUGAUGUGCUGAUUAUAAAUAUUUAUACCUGAAAGGUAUUUUAAUCUGGUUGGUGUAUUAGAGAGGUCGUUAAUCUAAUUUUCUAAGGGGUUUCAAAAACAAUUUAGAAAAACCGGAAGGAAAACUAUAGGUAAAACGACAAAUAUUAACGGCACGCCGUUAAUGCCUUUUGUCCCAACCGCCUUUAGGCUACGGCCUUGCGAUGCGAUCCUCCGGGUCGCGAGCGAUUGUUCUUAAACAUUAUUCGAACCUAACAUAACCUAUUAAUAACCAAACACGCCUCAUAUAUUUUGUUGGUAUGCAUUUCGCAGGGUUGCUCGGCGGUGGACUCGAACACGGUGACGAGUUCGGCUACCGGUGGCGGCGGUGCAAAAAGCGGCUCGGCCAAAGUUCUGGCCAGCAGCGUGCUGUCCGACGGUAGCGGUGGCGACGGCGGCGGCGGUGGAGGUUCGUCCAAACAGGCCAACCACACGAACCAUUUGAACUUGGGCUACGCGCUGAUCGCCGCGGCCGCGUUGCUGGUCGUCGCGGUCACGUAA